GAUAUUUGAUGUACUGUCAGUCUCAGUAAGCUUGGUGUCACACGUCCAUCACUCUAAGGUCGGUGGUGAGAUAUCCUAAGACGGAAUAAGGAAGAGGAGGAUGCAAGUUGGUUGUCUGAGCACACUUGUGGUGUGGGUCAUCUCAUGGUCUGUCCUGACAGCUCACACCACUUGUACCUCACAAACCUCUUGGACGCUCACCAACGGCAAUGCUUCGGUGGAAGUGAGCGGGACAGUACCUGGUGGGGUGUACUCAGACUUGCUUCUGGCUGAUGUUCUCACCGGAGGUGACCUCUAUUACCGCUACAAUGACCUCGACUACCGCUGGGUCGCUGAAGAAAACUGGACCUACACCUCUCUUAUAACAGGUGAUGCAGCGUUGCUGGGGCACGAACGUGUGGCACUCAUCUUCGAGGGACUUGACACAGCUGCCCGGGUGCUGGUCAAUGACGAGGUGGUGGGCACCUCUGAUAACAUGUUCGUCAGAUACAUAUAUGAUGUCAAGCAACACCUUAAGGAGUCUGAGGAUAACACACUGCAAGUUGAGUUUGAGUCUCCCGUGGAGUAUGCAGCGAGGCAGUACGAGGCCCAGGCUGCCGACUACGUGGUGCCCCCAACGUGUGUGGAUCCUGCCUCCAAGGGAGUGUGCCAUGCCAACCACAUCCGCAAGAUGCAAGCUUCCUUUAGCUGGGACUGGGGACCAGCUUUCCCCAACUUGGGAAUCUGGAAAGAGUGGCACUUGACUGGCUGGAAUACACUACUGGUGAGUGACGUAUUCUUCUCAGCAGUGCCUGGCACAUCACUUCCCAGUGUGCCAGAUCAUGAUCUGAAGCCAAGCUGGAUAGUUACUGUGAAGGUGUGGUGUGAUGCCGCUGUUGAGUCUGGUUAUAUAGCUGGCAACGUCAGCAUCACCCUGGCAAACAUCUACACCCAACACCAGUUUAUCAAUGUUACAGUGAAAGAUUAUGAAGCCCAGAUGACCUUCACCUUCACCACUGAUGAGGGUCAGGUAGAGAUGUGGUGGCCCAACGGCUAUGGUUCUCAGCCACUGUAUGAUAUAACCGUCCUGUGGACUGAUGAAAAUCAAUCCGAAACUUCCAGCAAGAGUAUUCGUGUUGGAUUCCGCACAGUCGAGCUAAACCAGGAUUUUGUUGAUUCCAGUGAUGAGACAAAAGGUCGACACUUCCGGGUGCUGGUGAACAAUGUAACAAUGUUCAUGAAAGGCAGUAACUGGAUACCGGCCCAUGUGUUGCCAGAAUCCGUCACUGUAGACUACACUCGCUACCUGCUACAAGCCGCCGCAGACACACACCAGAACUGUAUGCGUGUCUGGGGUGGAGGCAUCUACGAGAGUGAUGCAUUUUAUGAGAUUGCUGAUGAAUUGGGUAUUCUCAUCUGGGAAGAUUUCAUGUUUGCAUGCAGCAUGUACCCUGCAAACCAGAAUUUCUUGGAGUCAGUAAGGAGAGAGGUGACUACUCAGGUUCGUCGCUUGCAACACCACGUCAGCAUCCUCAUCUGGGCCAGCAACAAUGAGAAUGAGUCUGCACUUCGUGAUAACUGGUAUGGCACUUCCUCCAACUUCGAACAGUAUAAAGCAGAUUACAUUUUAUUAUACGUGGACACAGUUCGAAACGUAACUCAAGACGUGGAUGGUACGCGAUCUUUUGUUGUCAGUUCUCCCAGCAAUGGUAUAGAGUCUGAAGAAGAAGGUUAUAUCGCUGAGAACCCAUCCAGCACCUUGUAUGGAGAUGCUCAUUACUACAAUUACAUGGACGAUGCAUGGAUUGGUGCAAACACACCACGCACCAGAUUUGCGUCUGAGUAUGGCUUCCAGUCGUGGCCAUCACUCAAAACUUUGAAAGAAGUGACAAUUGAAGAGGAUUGGAAUAGUGAGUCUCCAAUGAUGUACCACCGACAGCACCAUCCAGGAGGACAGGAGGAACUUUCACUGCAGAUUGGUCUUCAUAUGCACCUCCCACCAGAUGAUGGAAGUCUCAAGUCUUUUGAAGAUUAUCUAUACCUUGGACAGAUCCAUCAAGCAGUAGCGAUAAAAACUGAAACAGAGUUCUAUCGUCGAGGCAUGAGUGUCUUGGAAGACAAUGGCGAGGGUUACACUAGUGGGGCACUGUACUGGCAGCUCAAUGAUAUCUGGCAAGGGGCAUCUUGGGCAUCAAUUGUGCUUAAGAGUAAACAGAUGUAUGGUUAUAUUAAAAGUAAACAGAUGUAUGGUUAUAUUAAAAGUAAACAGAUGUAUGGUUAUAUCAAAAGUAAACAGACGUAUGGCUAUAUUAAAAGUAAACAGAUGUAUGGUUAUAUUAAAAGUAAACAGAUGUAUGGUUAUAUCAAAAGUAAACAGACGUAUGGCUAUAUUAAAAGUAAACAGAUGAAUGGUUAUAUUAAAAGUAAACAGAUGUAUGGUUAUAUUAAAAGUAAACAGAUGUAUGGUUAUAUUAAAAGUAAACAGAUGUUGAAUCCAUCUCUGGGCCUGAAACAACAUCUAAGAGCAACUGGACCUUCACAGUUAAAGUAA